UCCCAGAGUCGGUCUCGCCAACUCUCUUCCUCUUUACUACUGUCGAAUCGCUCUAUUCGCAAUAAAGAGAAAAAGGUUCAUUUCUUGCCCAAAGCAGUCAAAUGGGCUUUGAAUUCUUGAAGAAUCUCUAUCCCUUAUAGCUUUUCCUGAAGAGAGGGGUAAAAAAACAAAAGGAAAAAGCAAAGGUUUUUGUUCCUUUUUUUCACAAUGGAGACCAGUACUGGUAGUAGAAACAGUGGUGGAGUGAUUGUUACAAAAGAAAGAAUGUUGAAAAUAGAGAACCCCUUUUCUUUAAAAGUGGGACAAGUAUUUACUGGCUUUGGAAUUGGCUGUGGAAUCGGUAUUGGUGUUGGACGCCCUUUAAACUUAGGUGCAAUACCAAUGCUGAACCAAGUUAUGGGUGCUGCUAGAGGCGCAACAGAUGCUUUUUCUGGGGUUGGAAGGCACGUUAAUAGCUCUCUGAGGAAGUUGGGAGCAAAGAACAUAGAAGCAGGCAUUGGAUGUGGAGUAGGCUUUGGCCAUGGGUUUGGUGUUGGUCUUGCCAUGAAGCCAAGUGUGCUGCAUCAGCUUCAGUCGUGCCUCAUUCAAACAGUGGCAAAUUUAAUGAUGAGGUUUGGUAUAGCUCCGAGCUUGCCUGCUGUCAAAGGUGCUCUUCCAGAGUCAUUGCAAGGUGGCCUCAGCAUGACGAGCCACAGAUCAAUUUCAAAUCCGCUAGGGACUGUUGCACAAGUAGCAAAGAAAGCCCCUGAGGUCAAGCGUCAAGGAUUGCCUGGAGAUGCAAGUACAGUUUCUUCUGAUGAAACUGAAGCUUACAAAAGUACUCCACUAAAUGCAUCUUACAGUAGUCAAACAGAGAAGGUCCUCAGCAACUUUUUACAAAAUCCUCUUUUGAAAGAUGAAGACAGAGAAGUAAAUGAGCUGGCUGAGCAUCUACGCUUGGAGAACAAUGUACUUCAGAUGGUUUUGAGCCAUCAGAGAAUCAUUGAGGGGCUGAUGAAGGAAAACGAGAAACUCCACAAGAUACUCGUGGAAGACCUGAAAAUCUCACCUGAAAAGCUUCAAGCCACCUCCUUGAGUACAAACAGUAGUAAGUCUCCAUGUAGUGAGUGUUUCAAGUGCCGUAGAAGACUUAGAAAAAGAUAACUAAUUACAUAUGUAACUUGUGAUAUUCUUAUUUUUCAUGCAAAAUAUUUACCUUGGGUAUUUCUUA